UAUCAGACACAAAACGGUUAUUAUAUUAUAAUAUUUUUAUUGUUAAAUAUAAUGAAAUCAUUUGUCAAAUAAUUUACAACUCAUUUGUGAAAUAUAUUAUUAAUUUUAAUAAUUAUUAUUUGAGAUCAACUUAUUCUUCCGGACAAUACUUUUGUUGUUUAAGUUUUUUGUUUUGUUUUUUGCUGACAAAACUGCGACAGAAGUUGUUUGUCAAACAUAUUGUGUUUAUUUGUUUUGAUCUCAACUUUUGUUAUCUUGAAAUUUAUUUUUAGUUUAUUAUUGUCUUUAAUGUCCAUCCAAUAGACAUAUAUAUAGACACUCAAGAGUUAUGUCACUCGAAGAUCCGUUUUUCGUCGUCAGAGACGAAGUACUGAACGCACUGACCAAAUGUCGCAAUUAUUUUGAACGAUGGACUGAUUUUUUGGACGAUCCCAACAGUGAGACCAAGGAAGAGAUAGAUCGUACGACAACUGAACUACGAAAUGGUUUGCGUAGUAUUGAAUGGGAUUUGGAAGACUUGGAGGAAACGAUUGGAAUCGUUGAGAACAAUCCCAAAAAGUUUAAAUUAGACGAAACUGAGAUCAAUAGUCGACGCAAAUUCAUUCAUCAGACCAAAGAUGAGGUGAAGUUUAUGCGCGAAAAAUUGUUUGACAAUCAAAGCAAAGAUAAGAAACAACAACAGUUCCGUCAAAGUUUGUCCAAUUUUGAAGCCACUAAUGCCUCAAAAUAUACCCGUUUGGACAACAAUACAGCCAACACCUCAACAGAUAUCGGUAUCACUGUCGAUGAGGGCAGUCAUCUACAGCAUCAACAGCGGAUAUUUAUGUCGCAAAACAACGAUACGUACGAUAAACUCAGGGAAAGUGUCGGUAAUCUGAAGUCAAUUAGCCGACAGAUGGGCACUGAAGUCGAUGAGCACGCAGUAAUGCUUGAUGAGUUUGGACACGAAAUGGAUAUCAAUGACUCACGAUUUGAUACUAGACUUAAAAAGAUUGCCCGAGUCUUACAUCUGUCCAAUGCAGAACGUCGCCGAUGGGCAGCACUGGGAGCUUUAAUUGUUAUUAUAUUAAUCAUAUUGAUUAUACUUAUAAUCUAACCCCACUGUCCCAUUGUACUGUAUUAACAAACACUUGUACAGUAUAAUAUAAUUAAUACAGUAUACUUUGGCCAGGCAUUUAGCACCAGAGGUUAAUCUAUCUUUAAUUGACUAUAUAUAUAGUGUAACCUAAUCAACCAGUGCCUUAUCCAUAGUGUGUUGUUUCCAUACAGUAUAUUAUACAACAAUAAUAGUAAUUAAUUAAUAUAUUAUUU